AUGUCGACUAGACGGCCCAACCGCGAUGGUCAGGCGUUCCACAACGCCGAACCCGACUCGUCGCUGCCGCCGCCACCGCCCUAUGUCCCCGUUGACCGCACCAACUCGUCGGCCAACCAGUCGCAGGCGCAGGCUCUCGCGCAGCAGCAGGCGGCUCGACAGCAGUACGCGCCGCCACCCGGUCCGCCCCCUGGCGUGACUCCUCCCGCAGUUGGCCAGCACACUGGACGACCGCUCGUCUCGAGCCCGCGCAACUCGCAGUCCUCGUACGACCCGUCCGCUCCCGCUGCCCCGGGCCGUCCCACCAACCCCUUCGCCGAUCCCUCCAGCCUCCAGGGUGCAUACCCGCCGAUGCAGCCAUCGCAAGCCGCGCCGCCAGCCUCGUCGCAACAGCAGCACCACGCCUCGCCGCAGCAAGGGUCGUACGGAAUGCCCUCUGGCCCUGCCACUGCCGGCUACGGCGGCUACGGCGGGCCGUCGGCCGGGCCCAGCUCCGGCGCUGGAGCGGCGCCUCGACGCCAGGGCAGCAUUGCUGAGCACGCGCGCAAGAUGUCGGCGGACAUGGCCAACCUCAACCUGGCCUCGCCGGCCGAGGGUGGCGGGGCUGUGCGCCGCGCCAGCACCAUCCGCGAGGACCCGCUCGAGCUGCUCAAGGACUUUGACACCAUCUUUGUCGUCGACGACAGCGCCUCGAUGUCGGUCAACGAGCUGCCCGACGGCUCCAUGGGCCGCUCGCGGUGGGAGGAGGCGAGGGACGCCGUGUCGGGCGUCGUCGAGCUGGCGGCCAAAUAUGACCGCGACGGCGUCGACGUCUACUUCCUCAAUAACGACCGGGCUAUCGAGAACUGCACUGAUCCGCGCGAGGUCCUGCGCGUGUUUGAUUCGAUCGAGCCGGAGGGCGCCACGCCGACGGGCAUGCGCCUCGAGAUUCUGCUUCUCGACUACCUCGACCGCAUCGAAGAGUACAAGGAGAGGCUCUCGCGCGGUCAGAACCCCGGGCCCGAGCCCAAGAAGCGAAACUACAUUGUCAUCACCGAUGGGAGCCCCACGGACGAUCCCGAGGACGUGAUUGUGGCAUGCGCCCGCCGCCUCGAUCGCGCCAACAUGCCGCUCAGCCAGAUUGGCAUCCAGUUCCUCCAGGUCGGUGACGAUGCCGAAGCGACAGAGGCUCUGCAAGACUUGGACGACGCGCUGUCCAAGGAGCACGGCAUCCGCGACAUGGUCGACACGGUGACAUACUCGUCGAUGGCGCUUAACGCCGACCUCAUUAUCAAGGCGCUGCUUGGCGGCAUCAACCGCAGGCUCGACCGCAAGAAGGAACGCCGGGCGUGA